CCUGUAGUAGUUCUCUGUACUUUCCUUCAUCUCCUUAAGCAUUUUUUAGGGUCAUUUUAAAAGGCUUUGUUUGUUAUGUCAACAAUCCCGUCAUCUCUGUUUGUGUUUUCUGUAUUUUUAUUCUCUUCCUUUGAAUGGACCAUUUCCUGGUUUUUUGUCCUGUACUCUUUUGUUGCACACUGUUCAUUUUAUGUUUUAAAAUGUUAACUCUGGGAUUUACUUCCUGGGAUUUCUGUUUCUUGGGUUUGUACCCAGCUGAUGAUAAGACAGAGAUUUUCUUGAGCGUCUGCCCUCAUAUUAGGAAAGUCUGUCAAGGUGAAUGUACUGUGCAGGGUUUUCCGUAUCUUACUGAGCCUCUGUUUUGUCCUAGGCUUUUGCUUUUUAGUUGUUUCAGAGCUCCCCUGUUUACUGGAGUUUGGUUGUCCCUUCUGUUUCCCAGGGGACAAACCAUUCCUCUCCGGGGUAUCUGAAGCCAGCAGGCCUUUGUCCCAGACUAUCCGCCUCUAUACUUUUUUACUCUCCUUUCAUUGUCUCAUGCUGCUUUUGCCGGGAGGGCAAAUUCUGGGAGGAGGGUCACCCUGGGGAGGACUUUCCAAAUUCAGUCUUUCCCAGCCAAAACAGGGCCAGAGACCCACGAAGGGGCUACAGACUGGCUCCAGAGUGCCCUGUGGAAGGAAUCAGGAAGGGUACCAAAAGCUUCUUCAAUGGCUCCCCAAAGCUGAGCUUUCCUGGCGUGAGAAGGAAAUGCAGCCCUUCAGCUAACUGUUCCCCGCAGCCCUGAGGAGGCCCUGCUUCUUUAAAUCUACUGCCUCUGCUCCUGCCAGGGAGGGUUGAAACAGUGACUGCUGCUGCCUUUGUCAGUGCUGGGUUGAAACGGUGAGUGCCGCUGCCUUUGUCCAGGGCGGUAGCUGCCCUCAGAGCCAGGACCUUGGGAUCCCAGUUCUGUAAUCAAAAGCUGUGAUUGGUGAUUGGCCGUGCACACCCCUAUUCUUGGAGAAGAGGAUUUUUUAUGUCAUUUUCUGUCAGCAGCAGCUAGCCAGGGACUGGACUCUGCUGCAUCCAGCCGUGAGAGUGGGGGGUGGGUGCCAGUAGCUGCCAUGUGAAGAGAACAAUUUAUGGUUCUUUACCAUCAUUUAUAUGCCUCUUCCUCCUGCUCUCCCCUGGGUGCUAUAGAGUGUUUUUCUGGAUUCCAGAGUUUCAAAAUAGUUGUUUCAGACCAUUUCUGCCUGUUUAAUAGUUGUUUUGAUGGAAGGACUGAGUUCUGAAGCUCCCUACUCCACCAUCAUCCCUGGAAGUCCUCCCUGCGUGCACUUUUUAGGGGUUGGAGUGGUGUGAUGGGAGAUGAGGAGAAACCAGCAAAGGAGACAGAGGAAGGUCACAGAGGUAGAAGGAAAACCAGGAAAGUGUAGUAUUCUUGAAUCCAAGUGAAGACAGUGCUUCAGGGAUGAAGAUGUGAGUCAAAUGCUGCUGGUGGUAGGUCAAGGAGGAGGACUGAGAAUUUGUAAUUGGAUUUAGCAGUAUGGAUUUCAUUAGUGAUCUUGACUAAGGCAGUUGUGCAGUGGUGGGGCAGAAAGCCAGAUUGGUGAGAAGUCAAGCAAGAAUGGGAGGAGAAGAAUUGGAGAUAAUUGCUGGUAUACGGCAGCCCUUUUGAGGAAUUUAAUGGUAAAAGGAGAAAUAGGUGCUCUGUGUGUGGUAGCUGUAUGAUUCAUGGACCCAUGGCAGUAAUUUUGAAAGCCACCAGGAGCGUGAAUCCAAGUGGAAAGUGGAUAUUGCUCACAUGUCAAAGGAUGGCACGGUCACGGUCUAGAUCCCCUAGGUGGAAACACAGGUCUAUAUCACCAGUAUCUAGAAGUUCUGAACACUGCAGGCAAAGACAUUCUCACGGGCAUUAUGACAGUGAAUAUAGGAAGGAUCCAAAGAGAACUGUUGCUUGGAGAAUGGACAGUGAAAAAUAUGAGAAACAUGGACAGAGUAAACCAAGGAUACCUUCUCGUGGAAAUCUAGAGUACCGAUCUUAUGAACAUAGAGCACCUUCACCAAAUAUAAGAAGAAAUUCUUUAGAAAAUUCAUAUACUUACAAGCCUAACCGAGCAUAUUUACCAGGAAGAGGGGAGGGUAAUAGAAGAUUUCAGUACAUGCCUAAAUAUUCAGAAGGUGUACCUUACAAAGAACAUGAGAGGGAUUAUUAUCCACAGAAAAUACAAGGAAGAUACAAUCCUGAUGACUACAGAGUUAGAGGAAGUGGAAAAGGAGAGAAACCACCACAGAGGUCAAUAGCAGAUUCUUGUAGAUUUGAAGGAAAGUGGAAUGAAGAUGAGCUGAGGUACCAGAGGAUACAAGAAGAAUAUUCUCAGUCACCUAGAAGAGGCAUUGAAGACUUUGGCACAAGGAUCUCUUUUCAAAAGAGGUAUCCUGAGGAUCGUGAUUUCAGGAAAUAUGAACACCCAUCAAAAAGACCUAAAGACGUGGAGAGGUAUGAAAUCAGAGAGCCUACCAGGAACCCAGAGUGGAAGCCUGAGCAUUCUCUUCCAUCUUACCAAGAAAAAAAUGAUCAGAGGAACUUUGGACCUGAGUAUUAUCGACAUGCUGAAAGAGAAUACUGCGAGACAAGUUCAGGAACCAAGAUAUCCUUUGACUAUCGCCACAGACAUUGUAGGCCCUCAGACGGGAACCAGAACUUUUCUGAUGAAAGAACUCAAAAGUACUCUAAAGAAGGACAUAGAAAAUACUGUUCUCAGAAGGGUCCUGUAGAUAGAGAAUCGGAUUGUUUUAAUGCUGAAAGAGGGAGACAGACUGAAGAUGGGCUAGUCAAAGACCCUCUUAAACAAUCUGAAAAAGAUUGCAUUGCCUUUACUCAUUCAAAUAAAAAUGAUGUUGAUUUGACACCUUUUAAUGACAAACAGAAGGGAAAAAUAAGGAAAGAAGGAGAUUUCAGAAAAGAGAGCAAUCUUUCCAGUAACCAAGUUGAUAAAAGUCAAAAACUUUCAGAUCUGAAACCCUCAUCUGUCAGUCAUAGGAGGAAAUCACUUGCAAUUAAACUAGAUGUGAAGAAAACAGUAGAUGCAUUCAGGGUUGCUUCUAGCUAUUCCACAGAGAGGCAGAUGUCACAUGAUUUGGUUGCUGUUGGCAGGAAAAGUGAGAACUUUCAUCCAGUGUUUGAACAUCUUGACUCAACUCAGAAUAUUGAAAAAAAACCUACAGGAGAAUUUACUCAGGAAAUCAUAACAAUUAUCCAUCAAGUUAAAGCAAAUUAUUUUCCAUCACCUGGCAUUACUCUACAUGAACGCUUCUCAAAGAUGCAAGAGCCACAAAAUGCAGAUGUAAAUGAAAUUAAAUUGAAUUCAGAUCCAGAAAUUCACAGGAGAACAGAUAUGUCUUUGGCUGAACUUCAGAAUAAACAAACUCUGAAAUUUGAAUCAGAACAGACUCUGGUCAAAAUAAUAGAUCCAAAUGACCUACGACAUGACAUUGAAAGAAGAGGAAAAGAAUGGUUACAGAAUGAAGAUGAGCACAUUUUUCACAUAGCUAGUGCCGCAGAGAGAAAUAAUGAGCACUCCAGUUUUUCAAAGUUGAAGAAUACUCAUGCUGAUGGAUUCCAAAAACCUAUACACUUUAUAAAAUCAAAUUUUAGAAAAUUUAUUCAGAAACCUCACAUGAAUUAUUACACUGUGCACAGAAGAGACAUCACCACUCACAAACCACUUGAAGUUGAGGGAAUCCAUCAAAAUACAAGAGGCUUUAGAAGACCUUUUAAGACCAACUUUAGCAGUGGCAGAUUGCAGCCCCAUUACAAAUCAGGCCUAGUACAGAAGAGCUUGUACAUUCAGGCUAAAUAUCAGCAUUUACGGUUCGCUGGUCCAAGGGGAUUUAUCACUAAUAAAUUCAGAGAAAGAUUACUGAGGGAAAAAAAGGUUAAACCAUUGUUGCCACAGAUAUCUAAUCUGGAAUUGUUACGAAUGGAAAUGACACUACAGGAGGAUAUUUUGGAACAUCUCUUUUUAUCAGAAGUUAAAAUUGGCACUAAUACUGUAACUUUCUUGAUAAAAUAACUUUAUUUUUCAGUAGUGGAAUGCUGCAACUUUUUUACACCUAACAAUUGCUUUUAAAUUAAAAUAUUCAAUUAAAAAAUUGUAUUAAAUACAGGGUGGGUUUUUUUUUGUUUUCUUUUU